AUGACGAACGGGGGCGGAGUGCAUGGAGGUGGCGGUGCAGACCUGUCCAGGGCCCUGAUCCUAACAGAGAUUGGGGCAAAGAGUGAUGUAGCGUCGCUGGACAUCUUCUCAGGAAACAUGAGCAGACUGCUGUCAGUUUCUGCUCACGGAGUGAGGAUCAUUGGCAGCUCCACUCUGGCGCUGUGCCAGGUGGCAUGUGGCAGGGCAGAGGGGUACUACCAGUAUGGUCUGCACUGCUGGGACAUGGCCGCCGCUGCAAUUAUCAUCAGGGAGGCCGGGGGGUGUGUCCUGGACACCACAGGUGGUCCUGUGGACCUCAUGUCCAUGGCAGCAGGAUCUCUGGAGAUGGCCAAUAACAUCAUCUAACAGCUGCAGCCUAUCAGCUACGAGCGAGACGACCACGACCCGGGUGUGCAUUGUUAACCCCUGACCUCUGACCCCCAUAGACAUAGCUUCCCCCAACCCAGACUUCCUGGUAUGGAUCUCAUACACAACAGCACUACCCAGGACAACUAACUACCACCCAGGACAAAAAGCCUCCACCCAGGACAACUAACCACUAACCAGGUUUGCGUUUCC